AUGGUGAACCCGCGGCUCUACGGCCUCACCAUUGUCUUGUCUCCUCAUGUCUCUGUUCUCAAGGCUUCACGCUUUGGGAACAUCCCUUUCCAGUCCCUGCAGAGGGAGGUUGGGGCAGCGGUAUUCCAGCCCCUGCCGGAAGCCCCCGCACUCAGAGGCUGGCCUGCCCCCCAUGCGCGUGUGCUGACCCGUCCGCGCUGUGUGCAGGACCACACCCUGAGGCUCUGGGAGUACCGAAGUGGCCGAGAGCUGCACUGCUGUCACCUGACCAGCCUGCGGGAGCCGGCGGAGCCGUGGGGUGACAAGAGGUUCGCCGCAUCCAGGAUCACCUACUGGAGCCCCGAGGGCUGCGUGGCACUGCUGUGUGACUGCGUUCCUGUUGUCUACGUCUUCCAGCUCGAUGCCCACAGACAGCAGCUGGGUUACAGACAGCAGCUGGCUUUUCAGCACAGAGUGUGGGACAUUGCUUUCGAGGAGGGCCAGGGACUGUGGGUCCUGCAGGACUUCCGGGAAGCCCCCCUUGUGCUCUGCAGGCCUGUGGACGGCUGGUGGCAGGCUGUUCCUGAAGAUGCCGCCUUAAAGAAGGUCUCCGCCCAUCUUCAGGGGAAUUGGGCCAUGCUGGAAGGUGCGGCCGGCGUGGACGUGGGCUUCAGCGGUCUCUACAAGGCCACCUUUGACAACGUGACAGCCUACCUGAGGAAGAAGGAGGACAGGCUGCAGAAGCGGCGGCAGAGCCUGCCCCCUGGGCCCAAUGGGCAGGCCAAGAAGAUAAAGCCAGGGGAGGCGUCCCUGAGGUGCUCGUCCUAGCCACGCCGACUGUGCUUGCCCCCUCCCUGCCGAAGGCUCCCUUUGGGAAGCAGAAGGGGGAUGUCGUUCCCGACCCAUGCUUGGUGACAGUCCGGUCCGCACCAGCUCAGCACACACGUCGGCCGUCCCAGAGAACGGGUGGGUGUCCUGGGCUCUAGAACUUUUUGCCGCUGCGCAGAGGCUCCCCUGCCUGGUGUCUCGGGUGCCCGCUGGCUGAAGGGAAGCCGUGCCGCAUGUGACUCAGCUAGAGAUACUACAAGUGAGUAGUGCAAGUGCCUGGAAGCACUUUUUCUUCAUAUUGGAGGAAAUCGGAACCCGCAGUGGCGGCUGUCGGUGUCGCACUGUUCCCAGAACACUGGACGCGUUUUCCUCCAGCGAGAUCCACAUGCCGAACGUGUUUACGGCAGCGCGAUAGACGCGCUUUGUCCCCGGGUCUCCCUCUGGAUGGUGUCCCGCGCUGUCCGGCACAGGGGCCACUGGCCAGGGGGGUGGAGGACUCCGUUCCUCCGUCAGCACCCGCGCUGCUCCCAUGCCGGGUCCCCGCGUGUAAGUGCGGCUGCUGCCGACGUGAUGCGGGCUCAGUGGGGGCGCAGGGCACAGACUCGGCUUCUCCUGGGGUGCGCGAGGACCCGGGAGCCCCGGCCGUAACGGAGAUCUGCAGGGAAGUGGUUGCGGCCGGCACGCGCGUGUGAUCUCCCUGUGAGCUCUGUGCACACGAUGCAGAGACCGGGGGUGUCAAGCGAAUUCUAGUCACCACUCGAUAAAGAUGAGCUUGUGCAGCUUCUGGAAAUGUGUAGCAGCAGCAUCGGGAACUGAUUUCAAAAUACACUGAGCAAAACCAUCUUUGAUGCGUGUACUGUUUGUGACUGAAACGACUCCCUAGUACGAAGAAGCGUUCCUUUGGUGGUUGGGCUUCGUAGUUGUCUCUGCUGCUUUGGUUAUCUGUGCUUCUACCCACUUCCCGGUGAUUGGUCUCGAAUAUGGGAAACCCGUGUGUGUCCGCGAUGACUUCGGUGAGGGGUUUUUUGGGAUACUAGAAACAAAUGCUUUUGUGUAUCAGAAGCUGGAAUGCUUCAGCUUUCCCUAAGUGCCUUGUUUUGCUGUACACAUUGAUCCGAACACAGUGCUGUGUGUGAACUGCUCAGGUCCCUUCCCACGAGGGCAGAAGUGUUUUGUUCAAGGAGCAGAGGGGGCGUGCCUGGGCCAGGAUGGGGGUGCUGGGGCCCGGGUCCUCCUGUAGGAGCCUCGUUAGCACUGCCCUGGGCACAGGCAGAGUUCUCUUUGACAGUCUGCUUUGAGAUUCUUGGCUUUAGGAGGAACUUUGGUUUGGUCUUUUUGGUGUCUUGUGAAGUGGCCUGCAGGCCAAGGCUUGUCGCUGCCUGGUUUUGUAUGGCCUGUGAGCUCGGAAUGGCUUUUACGUUUUUAAAUGGUUGAAAACAAAUAAAAAAAAUAGUAUUUCGUGGCA